CUGGGGGAGGGAGGAACUAGGGUGUAGCAGUCUAUCUGGCGCCAGGUUCAGGGUGAAGAGGUUCCCCCUUCCUUCUAAUAUCCUCCCCAGUCAAUCCCCUGUACCCCCGGGUAAUCAAUGCUGGCAGGAACACCCCACAAUUGUUUUCUGCUGUACUUCAAUUUCAUUUUGUAUAAGGGACGUUGGACCCGCUUUCCAGCAGGUGAUGCUCCCCGCCAAUAGAUGGAGCCUCUCCCCAGGUGCACUGGUUCUGCUGGGGCGGGGGCAGUGCCAUAUGGCGUUGCUGCUGUUCCUGUUGCCACAGCCUUUGUUGGUUCUGCUGGGGCGGGGGCAGUGCCAUAUGGCGUUGCUGCUGUUCCUGUUGCCACAGCCUUUGUUUUCCGUGCUCUUGUUGGCCAUGGGCGUGGAGAUACUGCUGCUGUUGCUGGACGACCUGUUGUUUCUGGUGGCAGAGCUGCUGUUGCCACUGAAGGUGGAUGUGAUGCAGGGUUUGUUGUUGCUGUAUCAGGAUGUCCUGCUGGUGUUGUCUUUGGUCUUGAGCGAGCUGUCCAUGUAGUAGUAGACGAAAUUGCUCUUCCACAUAACCCUGUUGCACUUGUUGUUGUUGUUGCUGCGCCUGCCAUUGCGUUUGCUGUGUAUGCUUAUGGUGUUCAUGUUGCAGUUGUUGAUGCUGAUAUUGUUGGCAUUGCGCAGCGCGAUAAAGAGUUGUUGCAGCUGCUGUUUGUGCAGCUGUUGCUGUUGCUGUUGGUGCUUCUGUUGGCACCUUUCCAGUUCCAGCUCUUGCUCCAGCCCCUGCUGCUGCCAUAUCUUUGCCUGGUUCUCAUGGUCCCGCUCCUGGUCUUGCGCAGCCGGUGUGUGGUGCUGUUGCUGUGUUUGGACUGCCCUCUGUUGGUCAGGGCUGUCGCUAUUUUGGGGCGGGCUGGUUUUGCUGCAUCUGGUGGUCGUCCUGGGGCUGGCUUUGCAAUUGCCCCGGUGACUGUUGUGGCUGGGUCAGGUGCCCUGCCAGCAGCCUGGGCUGUUGGUCUUGUUGUGACCCGCAGUCCUUUGUUUCUUGGGGAAGAUGCAUCUUCCCUACUGGCUGUUUGGGCUGGCCCAGGCGUGCUGGCUGCAGCCUGGGCUGUUGGUCCUGAUGUGGUCCGCAGUCUUUUGCCCCAUCCCGGCCGUGAGGAGCAUCGUGCGAGAGCCCCGCCUCUGGUUUGUCGUGGGAUGUACGGGGCUCGUGGGCUGUGGGUUCAAUCCCCUCGUCAUCUUGGCCAUGGUUCUUCCCAGUUCAACCCUCCCCUUGCUGAGUGAGGGCGGGGUCCCGGAGUUGUGACAGAGCAGCUCCUUUUAUUCUAUUCAGCAAAGGAUCUGGCUUUGACCCAGACCCCCUGAGGCGAGAGUGCUUUGAACUG